AUGUUGUCCCUUCCCCUCACAACCCUAACUCUCACCCUCCUCCCUGUGGUCUCGGCCCACACCAUGCUCUACGGCGUCUCUGUCAACUCCGAACCACUCCUCGACGGCCGCAACAGAUCCAUCCGCACGCCCCUCACCAACUCCCCCGUCAAGGAUCUCGCCAGCCCAGACUUAGUCUGCAACACCCGUGGCGGCGUCCCCGUCCCUGAAUUCGUCGAGGUCAACGCCGGCGAUACACUGACCUUCCGCUGGUUCCAUUGGAACCCAGACGAUCCAAAUGAUAUUCUCGAUCCGUCGCAUAAAGGGGCGAUUUUGACAUAUAUUGCGGAAUAUACCGAAGGGGAUGGGAGGGGACCGAGGUGGACCAAGAUUCACCAGGAGGGGUUUGAUGGGGGUGAGUGGGCUACUAUCAAAAUGAGGGCUAAUGGGGGUAGGGUGCAGGUCGAGUUACCCAGGAAUCUGGCACCGGGGAGGUAUCUUAUCAGGCAAGAGCUGUUGGCGCUGCAUAUGGCUGAUUUUAGAGGGGAUGAUCCGGAGCAUCCUGACAAAGGGGCCGAGUCAUAUCCGAAUUGUGUACAGGUUGAGGUUGGGGGGAACGGGAAGGCGAGGCCGGAUCAGGGGUUUGACUUCAAUGAGGGGUACACAUACGGGGAUAAAGGGUUGUUUUUCAAUAUUUAUAUUCCCUUUGAGAAGUACACGCCGCCAGGCCCGGUAGUUUGGACGGGGGAGUAG